UCCUUGCUGAGCUCCAGGUCCUGAGAUUGAAUUAGGGGCUGGAACUCACUGCACCCCAGCAGUCAUGGGAUCUAGGAUGGGGCCAGCAGGUGAGGGGUCCCAGAUGCUGGACAAGGACACCAAGACCAUGAUGGGCACAGAAGACACACCCAGAGGCAAAGCCAGCCCAGACCCUCAGGACUUGCGGCCAAGUGUGAUGCACAGUAUCAAGCUCUUCGUCCUGUGCCACAGCCUGCUGCAGCUGGCACAGCUCAUGAUCUCCGGCUAUCUCAAGAGCUCCAUCUCCACAGUGGAGAAGCGCUUUGGCCUCUCCAGCCAGACCUCAGGGCUGCUGGCUGCCUUCAACGAGGUGGGGAACACAGCCUUGAUUGUGUUUGUGAGCUAUUUUGGCAGCCGGGUACACCGGCCCCGACUGAUCGGUUAUGGGGCUGUCCUUGUGGCUCUGGCAGGCCUGCUCAUGACCCUCCCACACUUCAUCUCGGAGCCAUACCGCUAUGACCACACCCGCUCUGAGGAUAUGCCACAGGACUUCGAGGCUACCACCCUGUGCUUGCCCAUGACCUCGGCCCCAGCCCUAGCCCCCUCCAACGGCAGCUGCUCGAGCUACACAGAGGCCCAGCAUCUGACUGUGGUGGGGAUAAUGUUCCUGGCACAGACCCUGCUCGGCGUGGGCAGUGUGCCCAUUCAGCCCUUCGGCAUCUCCUAUAUCGAUGACUUUGCUCACAACAGCAACUCGCCCCUCUAUCUUGGGAUCCUGUUUGCAGUGACCACAGUGGGGCCAGGCAUGGCCUAUGGGCUGGGUGGUCUCAUGCUGCGCCUUUAUGUGGACAUAGACCGGAUGCCAGAAGGUGGUAUCAGUCUGACCUCUAAGGACCCCCGAUGGGUGGGUGCCUGGUGGCUGGGCUUCCUUAUCUCUGCUGGCGCGGUGGCUGUGGCUGCCACCCCCUACUUCUUCUUCCCCAGGGAGAUGCCCAAGGAGAAGCAUGAGCUCCACUUCCGGCGAAAGGUCUUGGCCGCUGCAGCCACACCUAUCGUCGAGGGUGAGGACUCCCCCUCUGAGCAGAGCCCUGGAGACUCCCCAAACAAGCAGGAUGGCCUAGCCCAGAUUGAACCAGACCUGACAGUGAUCCAGUUCAUCAAAGUCUUCCCUAGGGUGCUGCUGCAGACCCUGCGCCACCCCAUCUUCCUGCUCGUGGUCCUGUCCCAGGUGUGCAUGUCGUCCAUGGUGGCGGGCAUGGCCACCUUCCUGCCUAAGUUCCUGGAGCACCAGUUUUCCAUCACAGCCUCCUUUGCCAACCUGCUGAUUGGCUCCAUCACCAUCCCGUUGUCCAUCGUGGGCAUCGUGGCAGGGGGCAUCCUGGUCAAGCGCCUCCACCUGGGCCCCAUGCGCUGCGGUGUCCUUUGCCUGCUGGGGGCGUUGCUCUGCCUGCUUCUCGGCCUGCCACUCUUCUUCAUCGGCUGCUCUUCCCACCAGAUUGCAGGCAUCCCCCGCCAGCCAGGUGCCCAGCCGGAGCCAGGACUAUUUCCAGGCUGCAUGAAGCUCUGCUCCUGCCCAUCAGACCACUUUAACCCUGUCUGCAACCCCAGUGCUCGUGUGGAAUACAUCACACCCUGCCAUGCGGGCUGCACUAGCCGGGUCGUCCAGGAGGCUCUGGACAAAAGCCAGGUUUUCUACGCCAACUGCAGCUGCGUGGUAGGGGGUGGCCCAGUGCCAGCGGGCUCCUGCGACUCGGCCUGUGGCCACCUGGUGCUGCCCUUCAUGCUCCUGGUCAGCCUGGGGGCGGCCCUGGCUUGUGUCACCCACACACCCUCCUUCAUGCUCAUCCUAAGGGGAGUGAAGAAAGAAGACAAGACUCUGGCUGUGGGGAUCCAGUUCAUGAUCACGAGAGUUCUGGCCUGGAUGCCUAGCCCCGUGAUCCAUGGCAGCGCCAUCGACACCACCUGUGUGCACUGGGCCCUGAGCUGUGGGCGUCGAGCUGUCUGCCGCUAUUAUGACCUCGACCUGCUCCGAAACAGGUUCAUCGGCCUCCAGUUCUUCUUCAAAACAGGCUGCCUGGUCUGCCUCAUCUUAGUUUUGGCCAUCCUAAGGCAGCAGGACAAAGAGGCAGGGACCAAGGCAACUGUACCCAGCCCUGGCCUAGAGCAGCGAUUGUUAGAGUCAGGGCCAGAGAAGGAGCCGAAGGAUUCCAGAGUGUGAGCUGUCCCAGGGCUCCAACCUGGCCAAGAGUGGCAGCUAUAGUGGUACCUGCUCUGGGCCCUUUGUCCAACAUUGAGCAUUAGGAGCCCUAUGUUCCAAUUCUGGCUCCUCCACUAAAUUGCUGUGUGACUUUGGGCAAGCCAC